CCACUUACCAAGAACACAACCUUGGUUUCUAUGAGAAGUCGAGUGUCUACUGGCCAAAUCCCGCGUUGACAGUAUUUGCUAGUGGCAGAACACCUUAUAAUAGCACCAGAAGAGCAAUUCUACAUGAUUCCGGAUAUUUUGAAUCAAGUGAUAAUUUUGUAUUCAAAGCAUCUGAUUAUGGAGUCGGUCCAAAGAGGCGCUUAACAUUAGAUUAUGUCGGAAUUUUGAGAUUGUACAGUUUAGAUGAUUCAACCGGGCUAUGGGAAAUCUCGUGGAUGCUUGUUGACAUUUAUAAAUGCUAUGUUCAUGGGUUGUGUGGUGAAAAUGGUAUAUGCAUUUACAACCUGCAGCCAACUUGCAUUUGCCCUGAUGGUUUCACCAGAAAUGAUCCUUCAGACUGGUCCAAGGGUUGCUCUCCUAAGUUUAAUAUGACUUGUGAUUCAACUAAAUUGGAUUUCGUGCAGCUUUAUAACACAGACUUCUAUGGAUAUGACUUGGUUACCUAUGGUAGUGGCAUUUCUUUUGAAGAAUGCAGGAAUAGAUGUCUAAGUGAUUGCAAAUGCAAGGGGUUUGGAUAUACCACAGAUGGACAAGGCAACUGUUAUCCGAAAGGCACUCUCUUGAAUGGCUAUAGUGUACCGAGUAAAGCUCUCAAUAUGCAUAUAAAGAUUCCCAGAGGAACAAUAGUAUCUUCUUCGGAGCUGAGUAAGGUGGGGACGCAUGACCUCAAUUGUUCAAAUGAAGACCUUGUUCUUGGAGGUAAUGAUGCUGGGGAAGGUAAAAGCAGUAAGAACUCAUACAUCAGAUAUAUGAUAGCCUUCGUCAGUGCUUUUGGAGUCAUUGAAAUAAUUUGCAUCAGUUUGGCGUGGUGGUAUAUCUUCAGGAAGCAGUUUCAUGAGGAAUUGGCCAAUAUGGGAUACAUAGUGUUAGCCAUGGGCUUCAAGCGUUUCACUUAUGCGGAACUGAAGAGGGCAACAAAGAACUUCAAAGAAGAGAUAGGUACAGGGGGCUUCGGGACAGUUUAUAAAGGAGUUUUGGAUGAUGAAAGAGUCAUCGCAGUGAAGAGACUGGGAGGUGUUUUGCAAGGAGAUGCCGAAUUCUGGGCAGAGGUGAGCAUCAUAGGGAAGAUCAAUCACAAGAAUCUGGUGAAACUAUGGGGAUUUUGUGCUGAGAAUGAGGACAAGUUGUUGGUUUAUGAGUAUGUAGAAAAUGGUUCACUGGAUAAAAUCUUGUUCACUGAUUCAGCCAGCAAAUUAGACUGGAACCAAAGGUACAACAUUGCGGUAGGAACCGCAAAGGGUUUGUCAUAUCUGCAUGAAGAAUGCCUAGAAUGGGUACUGCACUGUGAUGUGAAGCCUCAAAACAUACUACUAGAUGAUCAUCUCGAACCUAAAGUGGCCGACUUUGGUCUGUCAAAACUGUUCAAAGACCAACACGAUACAGGGUUCUCCAAGGUUCGAGGCACAAGAGGAUACUUGGCUCCAGAAUGGAUGAUGAACCAAAAUAUUGAUGCAAAAGCGGAUGUGUACAGCUAUGGCAUUGUCCUUUUGGAGCUCUUGACUGGAAGGACUGCAUUUGGUCACGACAACAACAAUCUUUCGAUACAGUGGGCUACUAAACAACAUAUGACACAAGAAGGGCUAAGGAAAAUGAUUGAUCUCAGAUUGAUAAACGAAUCGUAUGAGAAGAAGAUUGAUAGAAUGAUACAAGUUGCUCUGCUGUGUGUUGCAGAAGAUCGUCAUUCCAGGCCUCCAAUGAGCAAAGUUGUGGAAGUCCUGACUACAUAUGAUGAAUGAGUAUUGAUCUCUAGAAUCUAGGCUCUAGAUUUUCAGCGUUUCCCGCUUUGCACAAAUAUAUGUAAUCAAUGAAUGUAAUACUAAUAUGAAGCUUAAAGAUCA